AAUGUUAUCUCGGUUCUAAACGUUAGUUUUGUGGCCAUUGGACGGAUAGCACCAAAGACGACGUACGGGACUCUGCCGUUUAAUGGCCCACCGCUGUCGGUUGGCACGGAAUACGUGCAGGAAAAAUACGGCGGUACCAUGCACUUUACGUUAAAUAUCUUGUAUGCACCGGUGCGCCCCGGCCAGACACCGCCAGAGCUGGCCGAUAACGCUGUGCAACUGGCAACUGAAUGGCAUUACACCAAGCGAAGGGACAGUGAAACUACCAUUUACCUCAUUUCCGGCGGAGUUGACGCCACAGAAAUCCCGCAGUAUAUGAGAGAGUGGAACACCUUAUGGAUUUCAUCACUGGCGGUCGGCUCGCAGAUCAGUGACCGCGUGAGGAACCCCACAUGGAUCGCGGUCAACGACUUCUCCACUGCCCAGUGUGCGCAACUGUAUAUCGACAUUAUGCACAAGUUUCGCUGGACAACGGUGUACCUGAUUGUUGAUCCCAAAGAACCAAGCGUUUUCGGGGUUGUCGCGGGGCUGCUACUGAAGGAGCUGGCCAGAUACUCGCGUAUCCAGUAUUUUGUGCAAAGGAUAACGACCAAAAGCCCCAGUGUAGCUUACGGGGGCUUCGAAUCCAUUUUAAGGGAUGUUGCUGCAGUUAGUCGCGUUGUUUUAUUCUUCGGGCACGCCGUAUUUCUACGGGAACUUAUGGUCACCGCAGAAAGAGUGGGCAUGACGAAUGGGGAAUAUGUGUACAUGGCUUUGGAAACCAUGCAUAAUAAACCGAUCCUGGGUGAUUUCAACUGGCAGUACAACGAUGAUAAUGACCAGGUCGCCUUUCGUGCGUACCAGUCACUGCUGCUGGUUCAGCCAAAAAACAUUGACGCACCGUCGAAUGUGCAGAUGGGAAUGGAAUUCAUACGCCGCUCUGCACGGGAUUAUAACCUUACCUACAACAUCGCAGAUCAGAACUUUCCGAACCUUAUUAGCGGCUACUGGUCAGUGGUGGCUACUGCCGCGCUAAUCAAUGAAUCGCUGUCACAAGUGGACGCCAUGGAUUAUCAGGAUGGAAGAGAUCUGGCGCGCCUCUUUCUCAAUCACACCUACACGGAUGAGUACGGUAGUCUCUACGUAGACAGCACGGGACAACGACGCACGGAUUUUGUCGUCACAUACUUCACUCCACUGGGCAUUCGUACACCACUGCUAACCAAAACCGGCAUGGAAGAUAACUUGAACGACGUCGUACAUUUAGCGGAAUGGGCCAGCUCCAGCCAAGCGUUUCCCCCACCGAAUGAACCAUUAUGCGGAUACCUAAAGACUAAAUGUCUAAAAAAGAGCAUUAACGUAUGGAUCAUCAUUAUCACUGUAAUGGGAAUAAUUGCAGCUACAGGAGGUUUUGGUGCAUUUUGUUGGCGGUAA